UUCCAACGCUUGGUCACUUGACAUAAAGUCGCGUCGCUUCAGGCCGCGAAGUGAACUUUGUCGUUUCACUUUGUUGAAACACACUGGACGAAAGGUUGGCGCUAACGGCUUCACUUUGUCCGAGCUACCCGUAACGGAAAGCAGCGUUUUGAGCUCCACGAUGUCCGGCCACGGCCACGGUCACGGACACGGACACAGCUGCGGGUGUGAGGGGGAGCACGAGCCCUCGGAGAGGGGCCUGGAAUACGGACUGUACCGGCGGAUCGACCUGGAGAAGCUGCAGUGCCUGAACGAGAGCAGAGACGGUGAUGGAAAGCUUGUGUUCAAACCGUGGGACCAGCGGAACAACCGGGACAAGUAUGUCGAGAGCGACGCAGAUGAGGAGCUGCUGUUCAACAUCCCUUUUACAGGCAGCGUGAAGCUGAAAGGCAUCAUCAUCUCUGGAGAAGAUGACGACUCUCAUCCGGCUGAGAUACGACUCUACAAGAACAUCCCUCAGAUGUCCUUCGAUGACACAGGCAGAGAACCCGAGCAGGCCUUCAGACUCAACAGAGACCCUCUCGCUGAGCUGGAGUACCCAACAAAGGUCGCUCGUUUUUCCAACGUUCAUCACCUCUCCAUCCACAUCUCGAGGAACUUUGGAUCAGAGAGCACCAGGGUUUACUACAUCGGUCUGAGGGGAGAAUACUCUGAGGCUCACAGACAUGAAGUGACCAUCUGUAACUAUGAGGCAGCAGCAAACCCUGCGGAUCACAAAGUGGAGAGCAUCAUCCCACAGACCAACUUCAUUUCCUGAAAGCUUCAAAGAGUCAGGAGGAAGAGGAGCGGGAGGAGGAAGAGGAGGAGGUGGAGGAGAGGUUUCAGUGGCGUCUGCUUGGCAGGUGUCAUAGAGUCAGAGAGGAGUCCAAACGCUGCUUAUCGGCAGGUUGGUUGAGCUCGACCGGGACUGAGCACAGAAAUCUGAAGACCAGAGAGCUUCAGGUGUGUCUGGAAGUGCCGAAGGUGUCGCUCUGUUUUCUGUGGCAGCAAACAGUGAAGGCUUAAUGUGGGCAAGAAGCUUAAUAAUAAACGCAUGAAACAUUUGACACUGUUGUUAUCAGAUUAACCCGUACGCUCUGAUUCAUGUCUAAUGAUCUCCACCACUUCUAUAAAGUGACAGCUACUCUUAAAUAAAACGCUGAAGGCUGGAA